AUGGAGCCCACCGCGCGCAAGCGUAACUCCGCAGGCGGGAACGCCGACUCCAAGCAGCCACGGCCGAAGAAAACGACCAAGAAGUCGUCUUUCAGCCUGGCAAGGUUCUAUCGCGAUUACGGGCUGGUGCUCUGGCUGAUUGGCAUUGUUCUCCUGGGACUUGUUUUGAAGUACUUCGAGGAUAAGCACCACUCCAUGCAAAACUUCACGGACUUCGGAGAGGACAUCUACAAGGUCAUGGGCAUAUCACGCUCUGCAUCAGAUGCGGAGAUCAAGACCGUCUACCGCCAGCUGAACCACAAAUGGCACCCCGACAAGAACCCGAACUGCGCGGACUGCAAGGAAAAGUUCAUGAAGUUGAAGGCGGCAUACAAGAUCCUCAGCAACCCCCAGCUGAAGAAGCUCUACGACAAGACCAACGGCCGCACAGUCGACGUUAUCUCGUCAUCAACCACCGAGCUGACGCAUGAGAAUUAUGACGAGCUUGUUCGCAACUCGAAUGACGUUUGGGUCAUUCAGGUCUAUUCGGACGACCUGUAUGAGUGCCACCAGUUCUCGAAGCACUGGGAGGAGGCCGCGAACAGCCUGGGUCAUUUCGCCAAUUUCGGUCGUAUUAGCAUGCUCCUUAACCCUAAGGCGGCAAAGAAGCUGCGCGUUAAGCUGCAGCUGCUGCCCGCGGUGCUGAUGAUGUUCCCUGGCGGUGGAUACGACCUCUUCCCCCAGGAGGCGAUGCGCUCAUUCAAACACUUCAAGGACUACUUCGUGCAAGUAUACCCCGCGAAGGUGGCCACAUGCAAAGACCAGGCCGAGUUCAAGCAGAAGGCUGAAGCUGUAGCCGGCAGGCCGGCAUUGAUGUUCCGUAACGAUGGUGACAACCGCCCUGCACCGCUGGCGAUACGGCACCUCGCGUUGAAAUACAAGUGGGCGUUCGACGCAUACUGGACAUCCUCUGUGGUUCCAGCGCACGAGGACAAGGUGUUCAUCGACGACCUUAUGGGCGCAUCCAAGGGACACAGCAACCUGGUGGCCACCACUGCAAUCUUCCAGCUGCGGUCCGAUCUGGACGCCCUGGUUAUGUGGUAUGGUGCCGACCGCACUGGGCUUAUCGCGACGGCCCCUUACAGCAGGGGGCAAAUUGGGCCACUGGUCGAGUGCAUCGAGUCGAUGCUCGUGCUGGCUUACCCACCCCUUGAACUGUCCAGUGAGACAUUCAACCAUCUAUGUAAGAUUCCGGGAUCGACGCGCGAUCGCUUCUGCGUCGUCGUCGUAGGCGAUGCGCACAAAACUUUCGACGAAAAGAAGGUGCUGGAACGAUUGGCUCAGUUCGUUCACGGGGCGCGCAUCGGCAGCGUCUUCUCCAACGAGUUCAGUGACCCCGAGGCAUCCGGUGCCUCGGUGCCCACGGCGGACGUCCAGCUGGUACGCCUGCCGGAGUCGCAGUCCACCCCCAAGAUACGUGAAGUCGUAGAAUCGGGAGUCAUUCUGCUGGAUGCCGCGCGCAACAAGUUCUGUACCGUGGUAUCCGAAGACAAACGCUUCGAGUGUGGAGUGCAGGGCGACCUCUCCUGGGUCGGAGACGUUGCCGAGGGUGCAUUCGACACGCUCGCGUGGCAUGACACCAAACAGGGAUUCGGUGGCAAUUUCGAAGAGGUGUGCCUGAAGUCUAACCGUUCCUGGUAUAAGUUCUUCUGA